AGUUGAACAGACGCACAGUUUUUGAAACAAGCGAAAAGUAGGAAGCCCUCCAGGAGGUUACCAUCGAAGAUCACUUGAAGUUAAUGAUGACAGUAGAAUACAUGGAGUUUGUCUGUCUCAAGUUCGCGCGGUAAUUUUCGGAAGAAAUUUCAAACCAUCUAGAAAGUCUUAAAAUCUUCACUUGACUUGAUCAUGUCCAAAAUAAGAGUUCUGACCCAAAGCCCAAGAAUCCCGCAGAUACAGGACAUUGACGUUGAUGAAGAAGAGGAUGAACCAGACGAGAUCAAGUUCCAGGAGUACGACGUUAAGGAGCCCCAUGACUACAGCUCCCACCUCCACGCUGACGACGAGUCGUACUUGCACGUGCCGCACGACGGCCACACGGACCACGUGGACUUUGACUUGGGGACUGACCAGAGCGACUUGAUAGGAGAGUUGGCCCAUUUGUUUGCCCUGUGUGCUCUUCUGAUGUAUGGCUACACGCUGAUUGGCUGCUACAUCUUCAGCCCGGGCUUCAUCCGCCAACUUGCGUACAUCCUGCAGACGAUCCGCCUCUCCCUAACUCUGGCGACGCUUCUGCCUUGCGUUACCCACUGGCAGGCUUAUCAAAUCGUCCCGAACAUGCAGGAUCGGGUUUUCCCGUUCGCUGUCAUCGGCCUGUUGGUUGGCAACGUACUUCUCGCCGUGGGUUUUCAGAAGCUGGCCAGAUGGUUGAUAGACCGCUACAACAAUUUCAACUCCAGCUGUAGCUGUAGCGUCAAGCGGCAGACGUGUAAAGCACCCAGAUAUCAUUCCUGCUUUCUGUCAAAAUGGUUGAAUCUAGGGGCCGAAGACUCUAGGAAGAAAUGGCCUUAAACUUGCAUUACAUACGAUAAGGCCCAUUAUUAUUUUUUUUAGGAAAUUGAAGAGACAAUUUUUUUAUCAAUUAAUAUGUAUAUGUGCUAUAUAUAUGUGACUAAACCAAAUGUCUUUUUUAUGUUAUGUUACUUAAGAAAACGGAUUACUUUUCUAUUACUUUAUAUCAACUUUUACUCAAUCAAGAAAUACAUUUUUUUUGUUCAUUUAUAUGCAGUCAUAUUCGGUUAAUAGGAUCACCGCAUAAUUGGAUCUGUCGCUUAAUUGGACCGAAUCUUAACGUGCCGAAAAUCAUGUAACAUAAAAAGUUUGUUUAAUGAGAACAGCCGGUUAUUAGGACCAAAAUGAUCGUGUCCAGAAGAGAUCCGAUUAACCGGGAAUCUAUUGUAUUAUACGGAAUCCAAACCUUUUUUAUGAAUAAAGUUAAAUGUAUGAAGUGAAAAUAAACAACGAAA